CCACCAGAGCUCGGUACAUAUUCGCACAGCAUCCAGUCAUCCACGCCACGGCUGAGAAGGCCACACGAGCAGAUUGUGACGGCAAUGGUUGCAUGAAUUGUGUGUGGGCCUAUGAGAGUUGUUCCCAAGUCUUUUUCUCGCCAUUCGGCAUCACUUGUCGUGCAGAUCUCCCAGGGUCUUUCUUUUGUUUGUUUGAGUUGAUCCAAGUGAAGCUCUCCAGAGCUCUAUUUUAGUGGGACUCUGCGCUCACCGCCCAGCACCCGCUAGCCUAGAAACCCUGCAGGCUGGCAGUAAAAAAAAGUUCAAGCGACAGCGACCUUGUCGAUUGGUGACAGUUUCAUGUGACAACGACUUGCAACUGACCAUUUCUCUCGGACCUCACCUCACCAGCAACAACGGAAAAGAAAAAAAUGGGAGCCGGCAGCGAGAAGAAGAGAAAGAGAGCCGAGGAUGGCUCCUCAAAGGCGAGGAAGAAGGUCACCGUCCAAGCACCAUUACAGCCUCAGUCCAUAAAGGUCGCCUCGGUCACAUCAGUGAGGACAUGCCCACCGGUCAUCGCAACGGCCCCCGGUCUCGUUCUCCCCGAAUCUGUACAGUUCCAAGCCUACUCAAAGCCCGAGGCUGCCGCGCCCAAGAAGUCCAAGAAGACAGCCCCCCCUCCAGCAAGUCUGGUGCUUCAUUCCUCUUCGCAUAGGACACUGGAUUACACGGCCAAGGAGGAUGGCCCGAGUGGUUGCGAAACACAUCUCAAACACUACAUCGGCGUCUUCGACCCCAAGACUGGCCAAUUAUCAGUCAUGGAAGCCAAGAAGAUGGCAGUGAGAGGUCUUGUCCGUGCCCAACAGGCGCCGGAGGACGACAUUGCUGAUAGAGCAGCGCCCAAGUCCAUGAUGGAGCUACGGAACGACCUGGGCGAAGCAUUCGGAACGAAGAAGGCACGAAAGGCCAUUGCUGCCAUAACGGAAAACGCCAUCGCGCCAGAAAAGGCCAUCAUGGAUGUUGGCGGCAACCCGCGAAAGCUCGACUCCACAGCAAAGGCCAUGCUGGAGUCCAUCCACGAGUCCACCAAGGGAAUGGCGACCAGGGAGGAGCUGCAAGCUGCUGUCGAUCAGGCCAAGCCCGUACCGCCCGGAAACUUCAACGCGACCGAGAUCCAAGACGUCUACAAGCCCGAGCAGAUGAUCGGCCGCGACACGCUGGAGUUGGUUGCCAUCAAGGAUUGGCAAGACUCGGCCAGGACGCAGGAGUCUAUGCAGUUGCCCUACCAGUUCAUUUCACAGAAUAUGUACGCCAUCGCCGAGGGCCCGCAGCCGGUUCAGCGGCUCAGAGUACUGCGCUAUCUCAGCUACCUGAUCACCUUCGUCAAGAGCGCCAAGGAGAAGGGCAGGGGCGUCCUGAAAGUACCGCAGAAGCAAAAGUUGGAGGAGGCCAUGCAGGCACCCUCGCCGGUCAUCGAGAACAUAAGGAGAAAGUUCUCGCUGAACGGCGAGAUCAGAAAGUUCCACAAGGACCUGCUCAUGACAUACUGCUGCGCGCUCGCAGCAAUCCUGAUGAACUACGAGUUCGAGACGAGCGCCCUGAGACACGAUCUGGGCCUAGACGAGAGGCAAUUUGCACAGUACUGGAAGGAGAUUGGCGGCAAGGUGGCAAAUCCCGUUGGCAAAAUCAAGGGCACGAGGAUGCAGGUCGCAAAGCUCGCCCUGCCGCUCGAGUUUCCUCAAGUCAGAAUGCCCCUGCGCCGAAGGUAACAUGCCGGUCCGUAGGGAGGAGCAUUUUGGGGGUUUGGGG